CUGAACAGAGCAUUUUGGUGAGGAAGGUUGGUUUUCGAUGAGCUGUGUCUUCUUCUUCUCUCAAUAUUUUAUAAACUCCCCUUCACAUGGUCCCCUUUUUAUCAUAAAUCUACACUUAUUCUUCUAACUUUUUUUCUAUUCAAUUCCUAAAAAAAAAGAGAUGUGGGAACAUUUAGAGACGCCAUGAAAUUCCAAACCUUUGAUCUUGUUCUUCUUCUUUUUCUACUACUUGAAUAUCAAGCUUCUGGGCUUAACAAUGAUGGACUUUUGUUACUGACAUUCAAGUACAAUAUUCUGAGUGACCCUUUAAGUGUUCUGCAGAACUGGAAUUCUUGGGAUGAUACACCAUGUUCAUGGAAAGGGGUAGGUUGUGGAAAUCCAAAUGCUUCAGACCCAAACCUUCGAGUGACAAAUUUGUCUCUUCCUAAUUCUCUGCUUCUUGGUUCUAUUCCUUCUAGUCUUGGUAUGAUUCAAUAUCUUACAAAUCUUGAUCUUUCUAAUAAUUCCAUUAAUGGCUCUAUUCCUCUUACUCUCUUUAGUGCCCCUGAGCUUCAACGCCUUGAUUUUUCUAACAACAGAAUAUCCGGCCAGUUGCCUGAGCUUGUCGGACAUUUAAAUAAUCUUCAGUUUCUUAACCUCUCCGGUAAUGCUUUGACGGGAAGAUUACCGGCAAAUCUCACUAGGCUUAGUAAUCUAACUGUUGUUUCUUUGAAAGAUAAUUAUUUUUUUGGUGCUGUUCCUUUUGGGUUUGAUUCAGUUCAAGUUUUAGAUCUGUCUUCAAAUUUGAUUAAUGGGUCAUUGCCUCCUAAUUUUGGGGGCAGUAAUCUCCGUUACUUUAAUGCUUCUUUUAAUAGACUUUCUGGAGAUAUCCCACCGGAAUUUGGCAGCAAAAUCCCUCCAAAUGCAACUAUAGAUCUCUCUUACAACAAUUUCAGCGGUGCAAUUCCAGAGUCAAUUGUUUUUAUCAACCAAAAUAGAAAAGAUUUUUCUGGUAAUCCAGAAUUAUGUGGUGCGCCGCUGAAAAAUUUAUGCCCAAUUCCGUCAACAGUAACAACUCUGCCAAAUUCCCCUGAACCAACUUCUUCCCCAGCAAUUGCAGCCAUUCCGAAACCCACAGACUCAAACCCAGCCGCCGAAUCUCCAAAAGAGGGCAAAAAUGGGUUGAGAACUGGCACAAUUAUAGGCAUAAUAGCUGGGGAUAUUGCAGCAGUAGGAGUUUUAGCACUGAUUUUCAUGUACGUAUACCGAGCCAAAAAGAAGAAAAGGAACAUAGAAAAUAGCAUUAGAAAAGAAGCUGAAACUGCAAAAGAUUUUGACUGGGCAUCGUCAGCAUCAGAAGAAGAAUACAACUGGUUAAGGUCAUGGACUUGCUUGAAAAAACAAAGGCAUGGAGAUGAUGACGAAUUAUCAGAAGCUUCCCAUUCAGAAAGUGAAAAAUCCCAAUUGGGUCAUCCUCAGCAGAAUCACGUGCAUACAGAGCAGAAAACAGGUGAAUUAGUAACGGUUGAUGGAGAAAGGGAACUCGAAUUAGAAACACUACUAAAAGCAUCUGCAUACAUUUUGGGAGCUAGUGGGUCGAGUAUAAUGUACAAGGCUGUGCUAGAAGACGGAACUACACUGGCGGUGCGACGAAUUGGUGAAAGUGGUGUGGAACGGUUCAAAGAUUUCGAGAAUCAAGUAAAGGUAAUUGCUAAAUUGGUGCACACAAAUUUGGUUAAAAUCCGUGGCUUCUAUUGGGGAGCUGAAGAGAAAUUGGUCAUCUACGAUUUCGUUCCUAAUGGUAGCCUUGCCAAUGCACGUAACAGAAAGGCUGGUUCUUCGCCAUGUCACGUACCCUGGGAAAUCCGGCUGAAGGUUGCUAAAGGUGUGGCUCGUGGGCUCACUUACAUUCAUGAAAAGAAGCAUGUCCACGGCAACUUGAAGCCCAGUAACAUUUUACUAGGGGAAGAUAUGGAGCCCAAGAUUGGUGAUUUUGGAAUUGAAAGGCUUGUAACAGGAGACAGUAGUCAUAAGACCUAUGGAUCUGCUCGUAAUUUUGGAAGCAAAAGGUCCACAGCAUCCCGUGAGAGCUUCCAGGACUUUACAUCUGGGCCUACUCCAACCCCAAGUCCAAGUGCAUUGGGCAUAUCUCCUUACCAUGCACCCGAAUCGCUUCGUAGCCUCAAGCCCAACCCGAAAUGGGAUGUAUUCUCAUUCGGGGUAGUCUUGCUGGAGUUGCUAACUGGAAAGGUGAUUGUCUCGGAUGAAAUGGGACCCGCAUCGGUCAUCGGUGCUACCACAUCAGCAGAGGAAGAGAAGAGUAAAGUGUUACGGUUGGCUGAUGUGGCGAUACGUGCUGAUGUGGAAGGGAAAGAAGAUGCUUUGUUGGCACUAAUGAAAGUAGGAUAUAGUUGUAUAUCACCAACACCUCAGAAGAGACCAAGCAUGAGAGAGGUUGUUCAAGCAUUGGAAAAAUUUCCAACUAAUUCAACCAGUUCAUCAUACUAUUAUGGACCUUAAUUAGCACUGAUUAAAAGAUGGACACAAUUGUAGAGAC